UCGCGUAGGAUCCUCUUUUUACCAGGUCCAGGAGCCCAAGCAACAGCGAGACUCCCCGAAACCCAAGAAAGUGUCGUCGCGUUCUGUUUUUGUCAUGAAUCGAGAAGCGAAACGCGACACCACGCCCAGAAGCCCCUCUUCCCCCUCGUCUUCGACCACCUCCUUCGACUCCCCAGGAAGCGAGAGAGACCCCCAUCCCCCUCCUUCUCUCUCGCCGCCGGCGCCGGCCAUGUCCGCCGUGCUCUCUCCCCUCAUCGCCGCCCAGCUGAACUACCUCCUCGCCCACUCCCCUCUCCCUCUCAAGGUCGGACCGGUGUGGGCCGGAAGCAAGAACGGCCGCUACGCUGACCGCUUCACCCUUCUCGUCCCCUUCUGCCUUGAUUACAUCAAGUGGGAUGUUAUAUACAAUGCGGGGUACCCGUCGGUGCCGCCGGACAUUGUAUUUCCACCGGAAGAUGACGACUUUCACCCCUUGAUUCCUGUUGGUGAUGUCAAGGACGAGAAGGAAGGGGAGGGGGAUGUGCACUUGAGGAAGAGCAGCUUGAGCGAUUGGAACAGUAAAGACCCUUCUCGGCUGCUGGCUCUUGUCCAUGAAUUGAGGGAUUUAUACAUGCGCUACCAGAAGAAGCGGAUCGAGGAGCUUGAUGAUGCGAGGCUGAAGUUUGAAAUAAGCACGAUUCUCUCAAGAGAGGGGAUUGAAGUCUGUAUGAUUUCUUCACCUGACAGGUCAGAGGAGGUAAAGUUUGCUGUCCCCUUACUGGAUAUAGACUUGAACAAGUUGGUGCUUGCAUGUCCUUGGAGACAUCAGCAAAAGAUCUACUUACAGGUUGUAUUUCCUGUACGCAGAAGUUAUUCCUCUGCUCCUUCUGCUCCACGCAUAAAAUUAGUCUCUUCUUCAGAGCUGAGGAGUUUGUUCUCUGUAGAAGAUGUCAAACUUCCAACAUGGUUAGAUGGGAUGUGUAUGGCUGAAUAUCUUCCCAAUUUAGAAGAAAAUCUCAAAACUCAGGUUGUGGAGGCAGUUGCUUCAGUUGGUGCUAGAAGACGUUUUAUUGAGGCAUUGCCCUCACUAUUUGGAAGGCCACUAGAAGCUGAUCCGGUUUUUUGCAGGAGAGCCACGGUGCUUGUUGUCUCUGGUGUUUUCACAUUUCUGGUUCAUUUUUCAAUUCCCACUCAGUUCCCCAAGCAACAGCCUAUCUUGACAUUGCAAAGUUCUCAGCAUUUUAAUUCUCAAGGCACCCCGAUAUUUUCACCUCCUAUAAAUGAUUAUCCGUGGAGUCCCAGAUGGGAUGUGCCGGAGAUGGUUGAGCGCAUCUUUGACUUUCUGGUUGACGAAUGUUUGAACUUCAAGAAAUAUUGUAAUGAUACCAUGCCUCAGCAACAGUAGCAUGAUCCUAUAUGAGAAAUGCUGCGCUUAUACACCAGGUGAAGCAUGAGUUGCACAAACUUUUCUCGUAGAAGCAUUGUGGUAGUUCCCACAUUUUAGCACAAGAAAAGGGUCAAUGAAGUUUUUUAGGUCGUGUAUACUUGACAUCCUGGAAGUAAAUGUAACCAUUGGUUUGCAGCUUUUGGACAUUCUCCUGCAAUGUUUGUUUUGCUCAUGUGAGCUCAUUAGGAAUUUUGUGUUGUAUCGUGGCAUGAAUAUUGUAUAGUCAGGUCAUUUGUGUACCUUAUAUGGCCUUUCUAUUCAUUUGAUGUCCAAAUCUUCUACCAUUUAGCUACUUGUUAGUAGGAUCGCUGUUGGUAAUAUCUUAUUAAAAUGAUAAGUGGCCUAUUAGAUCC